AAGCGACUCAUGGCAGAUGAGCUGGAGAGAUUUACCAGCAUGAGAAUUAAGAAGGAGAAGGAAAAGUCCAAUUCUGCUCAUAGAAAUUCUUCUGCAUCAUAUGGUGAUGAUCCCAUAGCACUAUCAUUGCAAGAUGAUCAGGUCCUACUUCUCUUUGAACAAAUGCUGGUGGAUAUGAACUUGAAUGAGGAGAAGCAGCAACCUUUGAGAGAAAAGGACAUUGUCAUCAAGAGGGAGAUGGUGUCUCAAUAUUUACACACCUCUAAGGCUGGUAUGAGUCAAAAGGAGAGCUCUAGGUCUGCAGUGAUGUACAUUCAGGAGUUGCGAUCAGGCUUGCGGGAUAUACCUCUACUCAGCUGUCUAGAGUCCCUUCGUGUCUCUCUCAACAACAACCCUGUCAGUUGGGUACAAACAUUUGGUGCUGAAGGCUUGGCCUCUUUAUUGGACAUCCUCAAACGACUUCAUGAUGAGAAAGAGGAGGCUUCUGGAAACUAUCGUAGCCGGAACAUGCAUGAGAUCAUUCGUUGCUUGAAAGCUUUUAUGAACAACAAGUUUGGAAUCAAGACCAUGUUAGAGACAGAAGAAGGAAUUCUACUCCUGGUCAGAGCCAUGGAUCCUGCUGUUCCCAACAUGAUGAUUGAUGCAGCUAAGCUGCUUUCUGCACUUUGUAUCCUACCACAGCCAGAGGACAUGAAUGAAAGAGUUUUAGAGGCAAUGACAGAGAGAGCUGAAAUGGAUGAAGUGGAACGUUUUCAGCCACUGCUGGAUGGAUUAAAAAGUAGGACCUCCAUUGCACUGAAGGUGGGAUGCCUACAGCUGAUCAAUGCUCUCAUCACUCCAGCCGAGGAACUUGACUUCCGAGUUCACAUCCGAAGUGAACUGAUGCGCUUAGGCCUGCAUCAGGUUUUGCAGGACCUUCGAGAGAUUGAAAAUGAUGAUAUGAAAGUGCAACUAAAUGUGUUUGAUGAGCAAGGGGAUGAAGAUUUCUUAGACCUGAAGGCACGACUGGAUGAUAUUCGCAUGGAGAUGGAUGACUUUAGUGAAGUCUUUCAGAUUCUCUUAAACACAGUGAAGGAUUCAAAGGCAGAGCCACACUUCCUGUCUAUCCUACAACACCUAUUGUUGGUCCGAAAUGACUACGAGGCUAGACCACAGUACUAUAAGUUGAUUGAAGAAUGUAUUUCUCAGAUAGUUCUGCACAAGAAUGGGGCUGAUCCUGAUUUCAAGUGUCGGCAUCUCCAGAUUGAUAUCGAGGGACUGAUUGAUCAAAUGAUUGACAAAACAAAGGUGGAGAAAUCUGAAGCCAAAGCUACAGAGCUGGAAAAAAAGCUGGACUCAGAGUUAACAGCUCGACAUGAGCUACAAGUAGAAAUGAAAAAGAUGGAAAGUGACUUUGAGCAGAAGCUUCAAGAUCUUCAGGGAGAAAAGGAUGCAUUGGAUUCUGAAAAGCAACAGGUUGUGACAGAGAAACAAAACCUGGAAGCAGAGGUGUCCCAGCUCACAGGAGAGGUUGCCAAGCUGUCAAAAGAACUGGAAGAUGCCAAAAAAGAAAUGGCUUCUCUAUCUGCUGCAGCUGUUGCUGUAGCUCCUCCUGUUCCUACUAGUGCUGCUGUUCCCCCGUCCCCUCCUCUACCUAAUGACUCUGGCACUGUUAUUUUACCCCCAGCCCCUCCUUUACCAGGAGAGGUUAGCACAGCUCCCCCACCUCCUCUUCCUGGAGAUAGUACCAUUCCUCCUCCACCACCUCACCCUUCUUUGCAUGGGAGUGUUUGCCUCCCUGCAUCUUCUUCGCUUAUAGGUGCUAGCAUCCCCCCACCCCCUCCUUUGCCUGGGGAUGCUGGUAUCCCUCCACCCCCUCCUUUGCCUGGGGAUGCUGGUAUCCCCCCACCCCCUCCUUUGCCUGGGGAUGCUGGUAUCCCCCCACCCCCUCCUUUGCCUGGGGAUGCUGGUAUCCCUCCACCCCCUCCUUUGCCUGGGGAUGCUAGUAUCCCUCCACCCCCUCCUUUGCCUGGGGAUGCUGCUGGCAUCCCCCCACCUCCUCCCUUGCCUGGAGGGCUAACAGUGCCCCCUCCCCCUCCCCCUCUUCCUGGUGGUCCUGGAAUACCUCCACCCCCUCCAUUUCCUGGAGGUCCUGGCAUUCCUCCACCUCCACCCGGAAUGGGUAUGCCUCCACCUCCCCUCUUUGGAUUUGGAGUUCCUGCAGCCCCAGUUCUGCCAUUUGGAUUAACCCCCAAAAAAGUUUACAAGCCAGAGGUGCAGCUUCGGAGGCCAAACUGGUCCAAGUUUGUAGCUGAGGAUCUUUCCCAGGACUGCUUCUGGACAAAGGUGAAGGAGGACCGCUUUGAGAACAAUGAGCUUUUUGCCAAACUUACCCUUACCUUCUCUUCCCAGACCAAGACUUCUAAAGCCAAGAAGGAUCAAAGGGUGGAGAAGAAAAAAACCUGUACAAAAGAAAAAAGUAAAAGAGUUAAAGUGUUGGAUUCAAAGACGCUCAGAAUCUCUUGAGUAACUCUGUCAAUCUUUUUGGGUUCCUUCCGCAUGCCCUAUCAAGAGAUUAAGAACGUCAUCCUGGAGGUGAAUGAGGCUGUUCUGACUGAGUCUAUGAUUCAGAACCUCAUUAAGCAGAUGCCAGAGCCAGAGCAGUUAAAAAUGCUCUCUGAACUGAAGGAUGAGUACGAUGAUCUGGCUGAGUCAGAGCAGUUUGGUGUGGUGAUGGGCACGGUGCCCCGUUUGCGGCCUCGCCUCAAUGCCAUCCUCUUCAAGCUUCAAUUCAGUGAGCAAGUGGAGAAUAUUAAGCCAGAGAUCGUGUCUGUCACUGCUGCAUGUGAGGAAUUACGCAAGAGUGAGAGCUUCUCCAACCUCCUGGAAAUUACCCUGCUUGUUGGAAACUAUAUGAAUGCUGGCUCCAGGAAUGCUGGUGCUUUUGGCUUCAAUAUCAGCUUCCUUUGUAAGCUCCGAGACACCAAAUCCACAGAUCAGAAGAUGACAUUGUUGCAUUUCUUGGCGGAAUUGUGUGAAAAUGACUAUCCUGAUGUUCUAAAGUUUCCUGAUGAGCUUGCCCACGUGGAAAAAGCCAGCCGAGUUUCUGCUGAAAACUUGCAGAAGAAUCUAGAUCAGAUGAAGAAACAAAUUUCUGAUGUGGAACGUGAUGUUCAGAAUUUCCCAGAUGCCACAGAUGAAAAAGACAAGUUUGUUGAAAAAAUGACUAGCUUUGUGAAGGAUGCACAGGAACAAUAUAAUAAGCUGCAGAUGAUGCAUUCUAACAUGGAGACCCUCUAUAAGGAGCUAGGUGACUACUUUGUCUUUGACCCCAAGAAGUUAUCUGUGGAAGAAUUCUUCAUGGAUCUGCACAACUUUAGAAAUAUGUUUUUGCAAGCAGUCAAGGAAAACCAGAAGCGGCGGGAAACAGAAGAAAAGAUGCGGCGAGCAAAACUAGCCAAGGAGAAAGCUGAGAAGGAGCGGCUAGAAAAGCAGCAGAAGAGAGAGCAACUCAUAGACAUGAAUGCAGAGGGUGAUGAGACAGGUGUGAUGGACAGUCUUCUUGAAGCCCUGCAAUCAGGAGCAGCAUUCCGAAGGAAGAGAGGACCCCGGCAGGCCAACAGGAAGGCCGGUUGUGCAGUCACAUCUCUGCUAGCUUCAGAGCUGACCAAGGAUGAUGCUAUGACUGCUGUUCCUGCCAAGGUGCCCAAGAAAAGUGAAGGAGUCCCCACAAUCCUUGAAGAAGCCAAGGAGCUGGUUGGCCGUGCAAGUUAAGCUGGGCUCCAUCACCAUGGCAGCUCCUAUAUGGAGCCCAGACUGUCCACCUGCAGCAUGUGCCUAAAAGGCCAAGGGGAUAUUCCUCUGGGGUGGCCACUGCCACCACCCUGACCUCUUUCUGUCUGGCCUGCUGCUCUCUGAACAUCAUCAACAGCUUCAGCUGCCUGGAGGCCAGAAGAAAAAGGCAAUGUAGGGGAGGCCUGAGCCCACCCAGCCAGCCCUGGCUGUUGUGUUACCAAAGCAGGGUCUGUGUUUGCUGCCUUAACCCUGUCUCCUUUCUGUUACCCAGGGGACCUUGUCUCAGACAAGGCCCAGCCUGCUUUCUUAGCCCAGCUUUCCAUUGGGCAUUCCCCUAAGUCAAUCUUGCUGGAUUUGUGCUUUUGUGGUUUCUCUGGCCCUGAGAACAGCAUGGGGCAUAUGAACCUUUGGGCUAGAUCCUUCCUUUCAUUGCUGCCACCUUUGCUCUUUUCUUCCUCCUGGCUAUUGUUAUUUAUUACUAGUGCUGUGGCAUUGGGAACUGCUUCUGAGGAAGCGGGGAGCAAAUCCCACCCUUACCACCACCUUCUUAGGAAAAGCCUCCCAAACACAAGGAUCUGGACCACUCUACUUGUACCACUGUGGUCCAGGUCUGAGCCCGUAGGCAGGUAGGUAAGGCAUAGCGACAGUGUGGGGCCUGCCCCCAGCCUGCUGCCAUGCUUUAUGCCCUUGCCUCCCUGGACCAUCUGUACCAGCCCUCCAGCCACUAGGCUAAGGUCCUUCCUAAUGCCUUCCCCAAAGCUUUGGUGCAUCUCAUUUUGAGUAUGGGCUGUAGUUCCACCAUCCCAACACCUCACCCUCUGUCUUCAAGGAAAUGGGAGGUGGAGCCUCCUGGCUGAGAAAUUGUUUUGCAAAUGGAUCUAUUUUUGUAUGAAAAAAAUUUUUUAAGAAAAAUAAUUCGUCCUUUUCCCUUCCCUCCUCCAUGAUAUAAAAGGUUUCUGUGGUAGGUUCGAGAGUUCCUGGGGCUACUCCCCACAGGCCUCAGUCUUAAACAUGCCCUGGACCUUGGUCUCAUCCCUCAAGACUUCUGAACCCUGAGGCCAAGGCAGAUCCUCCCCCAGCAUCAGUUCUGGGGCAAGAGGAGCCUCGUCUCUGAUUGGGCCAGGCCAAGCCUAAGAGUAGGAGGAGCUCUGAGGCCACAGUUUUUAUGAAUUUAAUGAACUGUCAAGCCAAAUGUGCAGAUGCUGUUGCUGGGAAGAGGGAACAGAGGCCCCACACACUGUACCCCUGCUUCCAUCUGAACAGUGGGCAGACUGAACUGAUCGGUGGCCCUAACCUCAGGAAGGUCAGAUUCUCCAGAUUAGGGUAACAGUUUUGCCCUCCUUGUGCCCUUUUCAGCUUCACACCCACAGCUGCAGAGAGAGUGGCACUGUUAGGAUUUGGCCCAGAAUUAUAGUUGUUAGUGCAAAGCGGGAGCUUAGGAGAGCUGGUCACAGGGGGCCUUGUGGCCAGAAAAGAGGGGUUGGGUUGUUGGAGCUUAUGUCUAAAGGAGCAUUGGCAGCUCCUCCGAGCUAUUCCUGGAAAGACUGUGGUGCAGGGGGCCUGUCACUCCCCUGGGUCACCUUCUUCCCCUUGCUCGCUGUCAUCUGGGGCUUUGACCCUUUCUUUUUUAAUCUACUUUACUAAAAUGCAUUUGAUAUUAAAAAAAAGUUAGAGGGACAAAGUGCAAACCUAUUUCCCUUUUGGGUUUCUGGGACAUCAUCACCUCCAGUUUGAUGGGUUUGUUUCCAACUGUUAAUAAAGCAUUGAAAACAGUACUGCUGUCCAGCUUCCUUUUUCACUCUAAUCCAGGCUCCUCUCCUUUCCUGCAUCACACCCCUGGUUGGUCUGAUAAAUCAGGCAAAAGCUUAAGGUGCCAAAUGUUAUUCUUGGGCACAGGGCUAGAGAUGAUUCAUAUGUGGUGGUGUCUGCUGGGUAGAGGUCACCUCAGGUCCAUUUGCUUUUUACAAAGAAAUAAGGAACUCCUCAGGGCUCUUCUACAUUUCUGCCUCUUGGCUUGGAUCCCCCCCACCCCC